ACGUCUGGGAGGACAACCCGAUCACUGACCGGUCAAAAAAAGCCAACCGAGUCGGGCUUCUCUUGCCCCCGGGAGCCCCCCGAGAGGCUGGCGGUGGAGCGCCACAACGACGACCUCUGCUGGAGCCGUGCCACCGUCACCUCCCGCCAUCCACGCCGGUGUGAGCAACCCAGUAGCGGUCGCCCGCGAGGAGGAGCGUGGUUGCGUCCUCCUCCGGUUAGAGCUCCUCCCCGUGGUCGCGAUUUGGAUGAGGAAUAGAAUUGAGCAGACAUUGGCUGGGCACGUCCAUUUCAUUUGGGAGUGUUCGCACGUAGACCACUCCAGAGUGAACAUUGGCUGGGCUUUUUUUCGCGGUCUCCCUCCUGGGUCGCUCGCGCGGCGGCUCCGGAGGGGAAACCCUAGCCGCCUCGAGCGCCCCUCCUCUCCCUGAUCUCUGGCCGCCGGCCGCGGCGGCGGUGGUGGCGGCGCCCGGCCGUCAAAGGCGGCGGGCGAGGGCGCGCCCCGACGGGAUUUCUUCGCGCGGGGGAGUCUCGUCAAUCGGGCGCGCGGUGCUCGUCUCCGGUGCGGCGGCGCACGGCGGAGAGCGCGAGGAUGGGCGAAGCAUGGUCAAGAGGCAAAGGGAGGCGUCUUCUCGGCGCGCCGGCGUGGGAGUCGGAAGUUGCGCUGCGAGACCCUAGUGGCGGCGGAUCUCGACCAGGAGGUGCGGUGGCUGGGAGCGGCGGUCGGGAGUCGUUGCGGAGGCCAGGGAGCGCGGUGUGCCUCCUGUGGUCGCCGGCGUGGUCGCGGAAGGCGGCGCCUUUGAGGAGUUGGCGGCGCUCGAACCAGAUCUGGGGUCUUGGGCCAGUGACUCGCGGCAGGGAGCGCCAUGGUGGAGGUGCGCUGGAGUCCCGCGUGAGUCCCUAGGACGGAAUCGCGGCAGCGGCUGGCUGCCAGGAGCGUCAAGUCCAGCCCUUGCCUGCGGUGCCUGUGGAUCUUGGUGGUGCUGGUCUGGAGUUGUCUUCUUCGACCGUGUAGGAGUUGGAUGGUGGUCUGCGUGCUCUUGGCCGUGCGAGGGGUCGGUGUUCCACGACGGUUUGAUCAUGACAGCGAGGUGCUGCAGCUGCGGCGGUGCGCCCCUACAUCGACUAUGCGGCCAAAUUCGGUGGUAGGGGUGGGAGAUGUGCGACGGUUUGGAUGAAAAUCCUGCUCGUCUUCGGUCGGAGCUGACGACGACGGCGCCCGUGGGUGUCGUUUCCCUCCUUGGAGGCGUUGUCAAGGAAACUCGACCCGUCGUCGGCUGUUCUUCAUCACACAAAAGCAAGCUCGAAACUUCUUCUACUCGACCCUGAAACUUCUCCGUCUAUGGUACUCUCGCCUCUCGGUGUCUUAGGGAAGACGGACCCUGAAGCAGAAGUAAAUCCCUCGAGACACUUCUUCUGUUCGACGAGCACUGAAUCCCUUUCUGCUUCAGCCGAACAAUAUGCGUAUGUUCUUGCAGCUUGGCCUUGGUUUCGUAUUGCUUGCAGCACAGUAUGCAUCAGGAAUUGUGGUUCCUAGUUCACAGUGUCGACGACAGUGUGGAAAUGUUGAGAUACCAUACCCAUUUGGUAUCGAUCCAGGCUGCUCGCUCACACAGGGCUUCCAGCUCAGCUGUAAGGUCCAAGACGGCAUCCCAAAGCCAUUCAGGGGUGCCUUUGAGGUGCUCGACAUUUCUUUGACUCAAGGCACAACCCGGGUGCUGAAUUACAUCUUGGGCUACUGCUAUAACACCUCUACCAGGAGCAUGGAGUAUUUUGGCCGGUACGGGGGGUUCAACGAAGGAGACCCUUCUUCUCCCUACCGGCUCUCCGACACCCAGAACAGGUUCACGGUCAUCGGGUGCAGCGCCCUCGCCUUGAUAUCUGACUACGAUGGCACAGGUUACCAGGGCUUGGGAGUCGCAACAUGCCGCAAUUUGUCAGACUUAGUGAAUGGAUCUUGCUCAGGUAUGGGCUGCUCCCAGACCACAAUACCAAAGAGGAUGUACUACUACGACACAACUUUCUCGGCAUCGGUUAACACAAGUCAAAUCUGGGAGUUCAACCGCUGCAGCUAUGCGGUACUAAUGGAGGCAGCAGCAUUUAAGUUCAGCACUACGUAUGUAAACACAAACAAAUUCAAUGACACAUAUAAUGGACGGGUGCCUAUGAUUCUUGAGUGGGCUAUAAGAGAUGUGAAGUCAUGUGAUGCUGCAAAACAGAAUACAACUGGUACUUACGCAUGCCUCAGCGCCAACAGCAAGUGUGUGGAUUCCACCAAUGACCAAGGGUACACCUGCAAUUGCACCAAUGGUUAUGCAGGCAACCCUUAUCUUCUAGACGGAUGCAAAGAUGUUAAUGAAUGCAACCACAAUCCAUGCCCUUCAGAUGGCUAUUGUCGCAAUAUUGCUGGAGAAUACCGGUGUUCUUGUCGAGUUGGCAAAAAAUACGUCACGGAAAGCAAUACAUGCAACCCUAACAUCGGCUUCAUAAUAGGAGUUACAAUGGGAUUAUUUGGUUUAAUGGUUAUCGUCAUGAUCACUAUUUUCUGGGGACAAAUGAUACUUCAAAAGAGAAAACUGAAUAAAGUUAAGCAAGAGUAUUUCCGCAAGCAUGGAGGCGUGCUUUUGUUUGAUAAGAUGAAAUCGGAGAAAGGUCUGGCUUUCAAUGUAUUUUCAGAAGCAGAACUCAUACAUGCCACCGACAACUUUGACAGUAGCAGAAUAAUUGGAAAAGGAGGCCAUGGGACUGUCUAUAAAGGUAUAAUAAAGAACAUGUCGGUUGCAAUUAAAAGAUGUGCAGUAGUUGACGAGAGACAGAAGAAGGAAUUUGGCCAGGAGAUGCUCAUUUUGUCCCAAAUCAAUCACAAGAAUGUUGUCAAACUCUUGGGUUGCUGCCUUGAGGUGGAAGUUCCAAUUCUAGUAUAUGAGUUUGUCCUAAAUGGUACACUAUUUGAGCUUAUCCAUGGCAAGAACCAAGCAUCGCAAAUAUCUUUCAACACUCUCUUAAGGAUUGCUCAUGAAGCAGCUGAAGGACUCAGCUUUUUGCAUUUGUAUGCAUCUCCCCCAAUAAUUCAUGGUGAUGUGAAAAGUUCCAACAUCCUACUUGAUGAUAACUACAUGGCCAAAGUGUCAGACUUCGGAGCCUCCAUACUAGCGCCAUCUGACAAAGAGCAAUUUGUCACAAUGGUUCAAGGUACUUGCGGUUACCUUGAUCCCGAAUAUAUGCAAACAUGCCAGUUAACAGACAAAAGCGAUGUGUACAGUUUUGGAGUUAUUCUUCUAGAGAUUCUCACAGGCCAGCUGCCACUGAAGCUCGAGGGGUCUGAGAAGCAAAGAAGCUUGUCAUUGAUUUUCUUGUCUGCAAUGAAGGAGAAUAAUCUAGAAGCUGUGUUGGUGAACCACGUGAAAGGCCAAGAGAGCAUGGAGUUGUUGAGAGGACUUGCAGACCUGGCUAAGAAAUGCCUAGACAUGUGUGGCGACAACAGACCCUCCAUGAAAGAGGUCGCUGAUGAACUCAACAGAUUGAGGAAACUUUCACUGCAUCCCUGGGUACAACUUGGCGUCGAGACAGAAGUAGAAAACCUUCUUGGAGGAGAUACUACUGGUGGGUAUGAAAUAGAAUUAAGUGGUUAUCCUAUGGGCGAGAGUGAGAACCAACCCAUAAACCCUAGAAGUUCCUAUUAUGCAAGGUGAGGAAAACAUGUAUUGUAAUCGGUUAAACCUACUAAAGAUACUUAUGUUCCUUCUAUACCUUGUUACAAUGUGUAAUAUCUACGUUCCUUCUGAAUCUUGUUACCAUGUAUUACAACUUAUAAAUUACAAAUCACUUUUUAAUC